AUGGGGAAGAAACCAAAAAUAGAAGAGGAAAAGCAUCUCACGUGCUCCUUGGUUCUUGCUGUCUUCACUGCAGUCCUCGGCUUCUUCCAAUAUGGGUACUGCAUUGGUGUUAUCAAUGCUCCCCAAAAGAUCAUCGAGCGCCACUAUGCUAAAGUACUGGGCAUUUUACAAGACAAUGCAACAGGUGCCUCAAAUGUAGACGUCGGAAAAGAUCCUAAAAUUACAAUGCUUUGGUCCAUGUCUGUGGCCAUGUUUGCCGUCGGCGGAAUGAUUUCUUCCUUCGCCGUGGGUCGGAUUGGCGACAAAAUGGGAAGAGUCAGGGCCAUGCAACUGCUGAAUAUCCUUGCAAUUGCUGGGAAUGUCUUUCUAGGUGUGGCAAAGCUGGGCCCAUCACACAUCUUUAUUAUUAUAGGACGAUUAAUCACGGGACUGUACUGUGGGAUCACAUCAGGGAUUGUUCCACUGUAUGUUGGGGAGAUAUCACCUACUCCCCUUCGAGGAGCAAUGGGGACGCUUCACCAGCUUGCCAUAGUUAUAGGCAUUCUUAUCAGCCAGAUCCUCGGCCUGAACUUCCUGCUGGGGAAUGACACUUGGUGGCCAUUUCUUCUUUGCUUGUCUGGCUGUGCUGCCGGCCUUCAGCUUUUCUUGCUGUUCCUUUGCCCAGAGAGUCCGAGGUACCUGUACAUUAAACUAGGGCAGCUGGAGGAAGCCAAAAAAAGCUUGCUGUGGCUGAGAGGAAACUAUGAUCCCACCAAAGACCUGGAGGAAAUGGAGAGAGAGAAAGAGGAAGCCUCCAAGGAGAAGCCCGUUUCCAUCUGGCAGCUUGUUACUUCCACCACCUACAGGCAGCCGUUCAUGGUGGCUAUAAUGGUGCACCUCGCUCAGCAGUUUUCAGGAAUCAAUGCCAUUUUCUACUACUCUACGGACAUUUUUACUGAAGCUGGGAUCAGCGAACCUGUUUACGCAACCAUCGGUGUGGGCGCUAUAAACACUUUGUUCACCGUUGUCGCCGUCUUGCUGGUAGAGAAAGCAGGGAGGCGUAUCUUGUUCCUUAGCGGGAUGUUUGGCAUGUUCGUGUGUACAAUAUUAAUGACAGUUGGACUCCUGCUUCAGGCGAAAUAUGCUUGGAUGAGCUACAUCAGCAUGCUGGCCAUCUUCGUCUUUGUCAGUGUCUUUGAACUUGGGCCUGGACCAAUCCCCUGGUUUAUUGUCGCUGAGCUGUUCAGUCAAGGCCCUCGACCAUCUGCCGUCGCAAUGGCUGGCUUUGCCAAUUGGUUCUCCAACUUCAUGGUCGGGAUGUGCUUCCAGUAUACAGCUAGGUUCACUGGACCAUAUGUGUUUCUGAUCUUUUCUGCUAUGAUCGCUGGCUUUAGUUGUUUCAUAUACUUCAAAGUGCCAGAAACAAAAGGGAAGUCAUUUGAAGAAAUUGCAGAAGAGUUCCGUCGCCGGAAGAAGUCAUCCGGGAAAGGCGACGCCGCUACUGAACUGGAGCAUUUGGAAGGCAACCCACAGGCCUAG